AAGCGUGCCCGGCGUGGUACCCCUGCCAGCCCCCCUCGGAUCGUCGUCGAGGAAUCAAGAGCGCGUCAGUUAGUCCGCGGUCGCUCGCUGUUCAGUCGGUUCCAACGCCAGGCUAUCCGUCAUUUGCGUUUCUCGAACGAGUCUGGUGCAACCAUUUCGGGAUCUCUGGAUCGAUCGCUGCUUUUUGGAGUGAUUCACGCGGCCCCGAUAUUGCCGGGGAGGGUUUGCAGGAGUGACUGGUUCCGGAGUCUGCAUCGAGUCGAACACCUGGAGCAAGUUUGGAAGAAGUCAUGCUACCACCAGCACCGAGAAGACCGACCGUCUGACAAUCAUCAAAGGAUCGAGCUAGCCAGCGAGGCGGAUGCGUUUAGCGCUGGUAAAUCCUGACGGGUGCUCCGUGACCUGGAGAACACGUGAGCGCCGCGAGGAUGUAAUUGGAAGUCGCCGGUAAUCAACAGAAACCCAGAGCCAACCGAAGAGAAGAUGAGAUCGAGAGUGAAUCUAGUCGCCAUUCUGCUGACCCUGAGCUGCGUUGCUCGCGUGCUGGAGUCUGCUAGGUCGGACGAUAAGGGCCACAAGGGGUACUCCGUGGGGAAGAAGGUCUUCAAGGAAGCGCACAGCAAGAUCGCGCCGCAGAGUGCGAUCUUCCUGCGGGGAGAGGACAAAACGAAGCUCGUCAAGACCCAGACGAGGCACAAUGUUCUUCCGCUCUCCAAGGACUACCUGGGCGGUCCAGACCGUCCCCGUCGAAGGAAACGAAAAAUGGACCGCACGAUGAUGGCGCUGCUAAUGGCGUACAAGAUGAAGUUCUUCGCCCUGAUUCCGACCAUGCUCGGAGGGCUGAUCCUCCUCAAGGCCACCGCCCUUCUCGCUGGAUUCUUCUUCGCCCUGUUCGCCGCCGUCCUCGGCCUGAAGGUGCGCUGACGGAGCCUCGACGAACAACGGAUCCAAAGUGAGGCUGACAAACCACUUUAUUUCGUAAACGGUUCGCGCAACGAGUAACGUUCGCUUGGACGCAACGACAACUGAGAUACGCGUCGAGUGACAUUAAAAAAUCAAUUUUGCGCAAGAAUGUAACAUGGAAAUGUAGCGAUACAACGAACGACAAAACCACGAAGAAUCAUUAAAUCGUUCUGUUCCCGUCUGUUCGAUUCCUCUUUCAUCCGAUCGGUCUUCGUCCGAAAUGAGCGACGCGUAGGGUAAAUCCGUGACAAUAAAUACAUGGCGUUCGACGAUAAAUAUCUUGCGUUUCGAGCUUACGUGUCUAGGUUAAUAAAUAUUGGAGUGAACGAUGAUCGAGAGACGGCCGCAAAAAAUAUUGAACUCCGAUCUUCUCUAGCGACUACCUCUAGAUCCGGUAGGUACACCUAGUCGAUCCCCUUUUGCAUGCCGUUGUCGAUCUCGAGCGCAGAAAACGCUUCUUCGGGGUCCCGUUAGAAACUCGCGUGCCUGAACGUCGUUGUGACGCUAUUAUCGCGUCGAAUCGCCGCUUCCCAGUUGACGAGGAAUGAAAAUGAGUGACAGCUCGGGUGUCUGUCGCGUUGCUCGCGUGGCGCAGCCAUCCUAUUAGCGGCGUUUACGCGUCCAAUUAUGGUUGUUCCCGUUUGACGCAUUCCCGGACGUCUCUUUCGUUCAUUGGGAAAGCAACAUCAAUCCUUGUUUAUCUGUUCUUGAUCUACAUUCAAGAUCUCUUAACAUAAACAGAAACUGGACUCCGAGCGAUCCUCUUUCAUAAUUCACCUAGUUGAUUUCGUAACGAUCGAGUUGUAAUAGGAAACGUACUAUGAACAUUUGAGGUUGAACUUAACCUG